AUGCAAUUACCUGCAACCCUGAAUGAGGACCUCAAUUGGUGGUUGCAUAACAUAGAUUCUCUUGGUAAUCCUAUCAAUGAUUUUAAAUACGAAUUAGAAGUUCACUCGGAUGCUUCUCGUUCGGGAUGGGGUGCAUUUGCUGAGGAACAGAGGGCACACGGGUUCUGGAACCUUGAAGAGCAAGGUCAUCACAUAAAUUACUUAGAAUUGCUCUCAGCCUUUUUGGCCCUGAAAUGCUUUGCAAAGGAUCUUCAGAAUUGCAAUAUCCUCUUGCGCAUCGACAAUACCACUGCUAUCUCUUAUAUUAAUCGUAUGGGAGGUAUUCAGAUCCUGAACCUCAGCAAGUUGGCAAAAGAGAUCUGGCAGUGGUGCGAGAGGCGAAAUCUCUGGAUUUUUGCCUCAUACAUCAGCUCAACUGAUAACAGUAUUGCUGAUUACGAGUCAAGACGUUUAGAACCAGAAACGGAGUUUAGUCUUGCUCCUUAUGCGUUCGAAGAAAUUUGUCGGUCUUUCGGUUGCCCAAAAAUAGAUUUAUUCGCCUCAAGGUCUAAUACCAAGUGUAAGAGAUUUGUGUCAUGGCAAAAUGACCUUGAAUCGGUUGCAAUAGAUGCCUUCAUGGAAACCACACCCACUCCAGAAGCAACUUACCCUGGUGGCAGGAGUAUUGUCAGGAAGGCUAUGGAAAUGAGAGGAAUACCACCAGAAUCUUCUGAACUCUCCAUGGACUCCAUUCACUUGUCAUCAUGGAAGCAGUAUGACUCACCCCUCAAGAAAUGGUGGCAAUUUUGCCUCAAUAAUCAGAUUGAUGUUUACACCCUAAAUAUAACUCGUAUCCUCUCCUUUCUAACUGAACAAUUCCACAAGGGAGCUUCACAAGGAACAAUAAAUUAUUAUCGUUCAGCUUUAUCGCUUCUUCUGGGACCAGAAGUAGGUUCAGACCCUAAUAUUAAACGUUUCUGCAAAGGUGUUAGCAACAAGAGACCCUCAAAACCUAAGUACAACGACACCUGGGAUCCAAAAGUGGUGCUAGAUCUUUUGGAGACAUGGCCCUCCAACGAAGCCCUCAGCUUAAAACUGUUGACCCUUAAGCUGACUAUCCUCCUGGCCUUGACGACAUCACACCGUAUGCAAACCCUUUCGGUUAUUGACAUUAGGAACGUAAGAGUUCUAGUUGACUCCAUCGAGAUCAAAAUACCUGCGACGAUCAAAACCUCUGGGACCUCGGCAAGUUCUAAUAAAAAACGGCCAACCCUGAUCUUACCUUUCUUCACUCAAAAUAAAAGAAUUUGUGUUGCUACAACUCUUCGGGACUACCUCCAGGCUACGCAAGACCUUCGCAUCAACACCAGCAAUCUUCUAAUUUCGUAUAAAAAACCUCACAAUAAGGUGACAGCACAAACAAUCAGUAGAUGGAUUAAAGAAAUCCUCAAAGAAUGUGGAAUCGAUACGGAAAUAUUCACAGCAUACUCUACUCGACAUGCCUCAACGUCAGCAGCUAAGAGAAGUGGUAUCAGUGUUGAUCUCAUCAAACAGACUGCUGGAUGGACUAAAAAAUCCAAGGCCUUUGCAAACUUCUAUCAUUUAGAAUUAACAGAAGAUAAAACUAAAUAUGCUAAGGCUCUAUUGUCAAGAACAAAUGAAUGA